UGCUGCGGCCGCUGGGCGCGGGGGCAGAGGCGGCCGGACCGACCGCAGGGACCCGCGGCGACCCGGUGCCUGCGAGGCGGGCCGAGCGCGGGGAGGCAGGGGCCCAGGAGGCCGCGUCCAUGGGCCCGCGGCGGCCGGACGGCGGCUGUACGGGCGGGCGGCGGGGACCGCGCGCUCUGUGAGGGCCUGGCCCACCUCCCGGCCCCGCGGAGCCGCCCCGACCGCCGGGGGCGCGCUGCGGCCUGCGUCGGCGGCCCGGCGCGGUGUGAGGCGGGGACAUGCCGCGGCGCCCGCGCUGACCGCCGCGCCGCCGUGCAUGGUGCCGCCGCCCCUGCAGCCGCCGUCUGACGGGCCGGCCUGUGGGCCUGGCCGCCGCCGCGCCGACCAUGUCGGCGGCCAAGGAGAACCCGUGCCGGAAAUUCCAGGCCAACAUCUUCAACAAGAGCAAGUGUCAGAACUGCUUCAAGCCCCGCGAGUCGCAUCUGCUCAACGACGAGGACCUGACGCAGGCAAAACCCAUUUAUGGUGGCUGGCUGCUCUUGGCUCCAGAUGGGACUGACUUUGACAAUCCAGUACAUCGGUCUCGGAAAUGGCAGCGGCGGUUCUUCAUCCUCUACGAGCACGGCCUCCUGCGCUACGCCCUGGAUGAGAUGCCCACAACCCUCCCUCAGGGCACCAUCAACAUGAACCAGUGCACAGACGUGGUGGACGGAGAGGGCCGGACAGGCCAGAAGUUCUCCCUGUGCAUUCUGACCCCCGAGAAGGAGCAUUUCAUCCGGGCAGAGACCAAGGAGAUCAUCAGCGGAUGGCUAGAGAUGCUCAUGGUCUAUCCCAGGACCAACAAGCAGAACCAGAAGAAGAAGCGGAAAGUGGAGCCUCCCACGCCACAGGAGCCAGGGCCAGCCAAGAUGGCUGUCACCAGCAGCAGCAGCAUCCCCGGCGCCGAGAAAGUCCCCACCACCAAGUCCACACUCUGGCAGGAAGAAAUGAGGGCCAAGGAGCAGCCAGAGGAGCGCAGCCUGAGUCCAGCUCAGAGUCCCAGCCAGAGCCAGCCUCCUGCUACCAGCGCCCUGAGGGAACCUGGGCUGGAGGGUGAAGAUGAGGAGAGCGCCAUGAGCAGCGACCGCAUGGACUGUGGCCGCAAAGUCCGGGUGGAGAGUGGCUACUUCUCCCUGGAGAAGACCAAGCAGGACUUGAAGGCCGAGGAGCAUCCACUGCCCCAGCCGGUCUCCCCUCCCAGCCCCAGCACCCCCAACAACAGGUACAGUGGCCCUGGACCACCCUCCCAGGAGCUUGGUCAUCCCUUUCCUUCUCCAGGUUCUCAACCCUUGUGUCGAAUGGUCUGCAGCAGCUCCCUCGGCUCUCUGGAUGUGGCCAGCCAGCCUCCUGCUCAUGUGGACUCCAGCAGCCCGGGGGGGCGGGGAGCAGAGAGACUGGGGUGCACCUUUGCCUUUAAAGCCAGCAGGCAGUAUGCCGCCCUGGCCGACGUCCCUAAGGCCAUCAGGAUCAGCCACCGAGAAGCCUUCCAGGUGGAGAGAAGGCGGUUGGAGCGUAGGACUCGGGCCCGGAGCCCUGGCAGGGAAGAGGUGGCCCGUCUGUUUGGCUACGAGCGGAGGAGGUCUCAGGUCAUUGAGAAAUUUGAAGCCUUGGACAUUGAGAAGGCAGAGCACAUGGAGACCAACUUGUCAGCUGGGCACUCACCAUCAAGCGACACACGCCAGGGCCGCAGUGAGAAGAGGGCGUUCCCCAGGAAGCGGGACCUCCCCAGUGAAGCCCCCACAGCUCCUCUCCCGGACGCCUCAGCCUCCCCCCUGUCUCCACAGCGAAGAGCCAAGUCCCUGGACAGGAGGUCCAUGGAGUCCUCCCUGACGCCUGACCUGCUGAACUUCAAGAAAGGCUGGCUGACCAAGCAGUACGAGGAUGGCCAGUGGAAGAAACACUGGUUUGUCCUUGCUGAUCAAAGCCUGAGAUACUACAGGGAUUCGGUGGCUGAAGAGGCGGCUGACUUGGAUGGGGAAAUUGACUUGUCUACAUGUUAUGAUGUCACGGAGUAUCCAGUCCAGAGAAAUUACGGCUUUCAGAUACAUACGAAGGAGGGCGAGUUCACCCUCUCGGCUAUGACGUCGGGAAUCCGGCGGAACUGGAUCCAGACCAUCAUGAAGCACGUCCAUCCGACCUCUGCCCCGGAUGUGACAAGCUCCUUGCCCGAAGAGAAAAGCCGCAUCAGCUCCUCCUUCGAGACCUGCCCAAGGCCAAGUGAGAAGCCGGAGGCGGAGCCCAGGGAGCCAGACCCUGAGCAGAAGAGGAGCCGAGCUCGUGAGCGCAGGCGGGAGGGGCGCUCCAAGACCUUCGACUGGGCGGAGUUCCGCCCCCUGCAGCAGGCCCUGGCUCAGGAGAGGGCCAGCGCAGAGCUGCCCAGCAGCCUCCCCGAGGCCGGGCCGGGGGAGCUGGAGCGGGAGCGGGCGCGCAGGCGGGAAGAGCGCCGUAAGCGCUUCGGGAUGCUCGACACAGUGGACGGGCCAGCCGCUGACGACACGUCCUUGCGGAUGGAGGUGGAUCGGAGCCCGGGGCUACCUGUGACCCCCGACCUCAAGACACAGAAUGUCCAUGUGGAGAUCGAGCAGCGGUGGCAUCAGGUGGAGACCACCCCUCUCCGGGAAGAAAAGCAGGUGCCCAUUGCCCCUCUGCACCUGUCCUCUGAGGACAGAAGUGACCGGCUCUCUACUCAUGAACUGACCUCUCUGCUGGAGAAGGAGUUGGAGCAGAGCCAGAAGGAGGCCUCAGACCUUUUGGAGCAGAACCGGCACCUGCAGGACCAGCUGAGGGUGGCUCUGGGCCGGGAGCAGAGUGCCCGGGAGGGCUAUGUGCUGCAGACUGAAGUGGCCACCUCGCCAUCUGGUGCCUGGCAGAGGCUCCACAGAGUCCAUCAGGAUCUGCAAAGGGAGCUGGAAGUCCGGUGCCAGCGCCAGGGGCUGACCACGCAGCAGACCCAGGCCCGGAAGUGCAGCUACGGGGAGGCCGAGGAUGCAGUCCGGCACCAUGAGGCCGAGAUCCGCAGCCUUCAGGCGAGGCUCAGCACCGCUGCCGCCGAGCUCACCUUCAAGGAACAGGCACUGGCCCAGCUCAAGGGGGACCUGAAACUGGAGAAGGACAAGGCCCGUGAACACUUGGAGGAGUGGCAGCACAGCAGGGCCGUGCUGAGCGGUCAGCUCCAGGCCAGCGAGCAGAAGCUCAAGAGCGCAGAGGCCCUGCUGCUGGAGAAGACGCAGGAGCUGCGCGACCUGGAGGCACAGCAGGCGCUGCAGAGAGACCGCCAGAAGGAGGUGCAGAGGCUGCAGGAGCGCAUCGCAGACCUCAGCCAGCAGCUCAGUGCUAGCGAGCAGGCCCAGCGGCUGAUGGAGGAGAAGCUGCAGAGGAACUACGAGCUGCUGCUGGAGAGCUGUGAGAAGGAAAAGCAGGCAUUGCUGCAGAACCUGAAGGAGGUGGAGGACAAGGCCAGUGCCUACGAGGACCAGCUCCAGGGCCACGAGCAGCAGGUGGAGGCCCUCCAGAGGGAGAAGUUAAGCGCCAGGUCUGAGGGCAGCCAGGCAGUGCGCCAGCUGGAGGAGCAGCUGCAGGUGAAGGAGGCCAGCCUCCAGACGCUGGCCCAGCACGUCCAGAGUCUCAGGGAUGAGCGGGACCUGGUCCGGCAGCGGUUCCAGGAGCUGACGGAGCGUGUCGCCCUGUCUGAUGGGGAUGUUGCGGAGCUUCAACAGAAGCUGCAGGGCAGGGAGGCCGACUACCAGAGCCUGGAGCAUGCCUACCAGAGGGUGGCCAGCCAGCUCCAGGGCAUGCACACCCUGCUGAGAGAGAGGGAGGAGGAGCUGAGGCAUAUCAAGGACAUGCAUGAGAAAGUUCUGGAAAAGAAAGAUCAGGACCUCAAUGAGGCUUUGGUUAAAAUGGUUGCCUUGGGGAGCAGCUUAGAGGAAACAGAAAUGAAGCUCCAGACAAAGGAAGAGAUUUUAAGGAAAUUUACCAAGGCAUCUUCAGAGGAAGUGGAGGAGCCGCAGAGCUCCCUGGGAGAAGCAGAGGAUGGCUUUGCGCUUUCAGGCCUGCAGCUGCAAGCCUCAGGCAUAUCCCCAGGCUGCCCACAGCUGAGGCUCGAGGACGAGGACCCAGGGGCUGCCCUUAAGGAGAAACACGGCCACAGCAGCCCGAGGAGAGAAGUGAGCAUAAUGCCCCCGAAGUCAGAAGUGCCUGACAAGGAGGGGCACUCGCGGAACACAGGAAAAUUUGAGCAGUGCGUACCCAGCAUUAAAAGGCAAAGAAUCCGGUUCUCCACGAUCCAGUGCCAGAAAUACACCCACCCCGAUGGGUCCGAGAAGACCUGGACCAGCAGCACGUCUUCCGACACCAGUCAGGACCAGUCACCCUCCGAGGAGAGCAUGUCGUCAGAGGCCACCCUCAGCUCCGUCCCUGCAACCAGCGACUCUGAUACCUACCUCUCCAUAAUACACUCCCUGGAGACCAAGCUCUACAUCACAGAAGAGAAGCUCAAAGAUGUGACGGUGAAGCUGGAGAGCCAGCAGGGCCAGAGCCAGGAGGCCCUGCUCACGCUGCACCACCAGUGGGCUGGCACCGAGGCGAAGCUCCGCGAGCAGCUCCGUGCCAGCCUGCUCCAGGUUGGCGCGCUGGCCUCCCAGCUGGAGCAGGAGAAACAGGCCAGGGCGAAGAUCAUUGAAAAUCACGUAGGGGAGCUUGGCAAUUUCCAGAUAAAAAACACACAGGCCCUCGCUUGCUUAGAAAAUUGCCGAGAACAGCUACGGUCUCUGCCAAGGUCUGGCCAGGAGGAAGCACUGGGGGCAGGAACAGGCCCCCUGGCCGGCGUGGAGAGCGUGCUAGUAAGUGCCAUCCAGGCUCUGCGUCACUGGCCAGCCCCUGCAGACAGCGGGGCCCAAACUCGGCUGGAGGAAGAGAGUUUCCUGGAGAGCGGGAAGGAGACUCCGCAGCCGGAGCUGACCGAGCAGGAGCAGUUGAAGCUCCUUGCUGAUCAAAUAGCUCUGGAAGCCUCUUUGAUAAACCACAUAGCAGACUCUUUAAAAAACACAACGUCAGAUAUCUCACACGUUCUCGACGAGAUUUCUCAGUCAGGAAAGUUGCCCCUGGAGUCUGGGAGUGCAGUCUGUCUGGGGGCCCCAGCAGACACCUGGGCUAAGAAGGUGCUGGUGGAUGGUGAAUUCUGGAGCCAGGUUGAGUCCCUGAGUAAGCACCUGGGAACAGUGGGGGGAGAGGCAGCCAGUGCAUCAGGAGGUGGGCAGCAGAGCAUCCCACCAGCCCUGGUCCCCACCCUGGCAGAUGCCACGUGGGUCAGGGCGGAGCUCAGCUUCGCGGUGCAGUCAGUGAGGGAGUCAUUCCAUCGUCGGUUGCAGAGCAUUCGGGAGACUCUCCGGGGGACCCAGGCAGCCCUGCGGCAGCAUAAGCACGCGCUGGGAGAAAUCCUGGGAGCCUACCGAACCCCUGACUUUGAGAGGGUGAUGCAGCAGGUUGCAGAGGCCCUCAAGCUCCCAGCGGGCACUGCAGAAGGUGUCCAGGCUCCCUGGGACUUGAGCCCAUUGAGAGAAGAACUGAGUCAAGACACAGCUGGCUUCCAGGAGCCCUUCCGCUUCUCCGACCAGAGCUCUGGGGCCUUCGUUGGGAUUCAGGAAGAACUCGCCCUGCAGCUUAGAGAUAAGGCCCGCCUCUUAGGAGAGAUAUCUGCCUCUUUAACUUCUCUUCCCCCUGUGGAGUCAAUAAGAGAUUGUCAGAAGCUUCUUCAGGUGUCCCAGAAUCUCUCCUAUAACACUUAUUUGGGAGGCCUUGGUCACUAUUCUUCAUUAUUAGUUAAAGAUGCAAUUAUUCAGGCUCAGGUGUGUUAUGCAGCCUGCAAAAUUCGGCUGGAGUAUGAAAAAGAGCUUCAGUGCUACAAGGAGUCCUGGCUGAGCAGGGGGGCCUCCUGCCAGGAGCACGAGCAAGCUAUCGGAGCCCUGAGGGAGGAGUACAAGGAACUUCUCCGGAAGCAGAAGAGUGAGUACCUGGAAGUGAUUGCCAUCAUUCAAAGGGAAAAUGCUGAGCUCAAGGCCCAGGUCACCCAGCUAGACCAGCAGCAGAGGUAUCUGGAGGAAGUGGAGAGCAAGCACAACGAGAACAUGUUUGCCCUGCAAGGGAGGUACGAGGAGGAGAUCCGGUGUGUGGUGGAGCAGUUGAACAGAGCAGAGAAUACACUGCAGGCUGAGCACAGCCGAGUCCUGAGCCAGCUGGAUGCCUCAGUCAGAGACAGGCAGGACAUGGAGAGGCACCAUGUGGAGCAGAUGCAGACCCUGGAGGACAAGUUCCAGCUCAAGGUCAAAGAGCUACAGACCAUCCACGAGGAAGAGCUAAGGACCUUGCAGGAGCACUACUCCCAGAACCUACAGUGCCUGCAGGAGACCCUCUGCCACUAUCAGGGGCAGCCGCCGGAAGCCUUGCUGGCCAGGAGCCCCCAGCAGCCCCCUUCCUCCACCUGGCCAGCUGGCCAGCCCAGGGAUGCUCUGCAAGUAGCCACUGGGGAGGCCGACUCCAUGAUGGGGCUGAGGGAGCGCAUCCAGGAGCUGGAGGCUCAGAUGGACAUCAUGCGGGAGGAGCUGGAGCACAAGGACCUGGAGGGUGACACGGCCACGCUGCGAGAGAAGUACCAGAAAGACUUUGAGAACCUUAAGGCCACAUGCGAACGAGGGUUUGCAGCAAUGGAAGAAACGCACCAGAAGAAGAUUGAAGAUCUCCAGAGGCAGCACCAGCGAGAGCUGGAGAAGCUGCGAGAGGAAAAAGACCGCCUCCUGGCUGAGGAGACUGCAGCCACCAUCUCAGCCAUCGAAGCCAUGAAGAAUGCCCACCGGGAGGAGAUGGAGCGUGAGUUGGAGAAGAGCCAGCGGUCCCAGAUCAGCAGCAUCAACUCAGACAUCGAGGCCCUGCGGCGGCAGUAUCUGGAGGAGCUGCAGUCAGUGCAGCGGGAGCUGGAGGUGCUCUCGGAGCAGUACUCACAGAAGUGCCUGGAGAACGCCCACCUGGCCCAGGCGCUGGAGGCCGAGCGGCAGGCCCUGCGGCAGUGCCAGCGCGAGAACCAGGAGCUCAAUGCCCAUAAUCAGGAGCUGAACAACCGCCUGGCUGCGGAGAUCGCCCGGCUGCGGACACUGCUGACGGGGGACGCUGGUGGGGAGGCUGCUGGCUCGCCUCUCACGCAGGGCAAGGACGCCUAUGAGUUAGAGGUCUUAUUGCGAGUCAAGGAGUCAGAAAUACAGUACCUAAAACAGGAGAUCAGCUCUCUCAAGGAUGAGCUACAGACAGCAUUGCGGGAUAAGAAGUACGCCAGUGACAAGUACAAGGACAUCUACACGGAGCUCAGCAUCGCGCGGGCCAAGGCCGACUGCGACAUCAGCAGGCUGAAGGAGCAGCUGAAAACCGCCACGGAAGCACUGGGCGACAAGUCCCCCGAGAGCACCCCCGUGGCGGGAUACGAUAUAAUGAAAUCUAAAAGCAACCCUGACUUCUUGAAAAAGGACAGAUCCUCUGUCAGUCGGCAACUCCGAAACAUCAGGUCCAAGAGUCUGAAGGAAGGCCUGACGGUGCAGGAACGCCUGAAGCUCUUUGAAUCCAGGGACUUGAAGAAAGACUGACUGUCCCGUUCCAUUUGAACACACACCCUUCCCAGCUUGUGGCUGCACAACCCAAAUGCUACUUUCCGUCUGUACCUUUAUUUUUUAUUAUUAUUGUAUUGUCAUUGUUAACUGUGGGUAUGGAUGCAUGAGAGACAGGUUUAUGGGUUGCUCACGCCAUCCCCUGCUGUGUUGAUGGAACUUCCUGUUGUCUUUAUCCAAGCUUGUUUCCAUGGUGAUCUACAGUAAGCCGAGGGGGCGGAGAGGGCGGUCUGCUUCAGCUGGCUCUGUGUUGGAAUCCUUCCCACGGUGGCCGCCUCCCUCCCUCAUGUCAGUAUUAAGGCCCGGCAGCCGACAGAUAAGCUAGCUCUGCCUCGGGAGCUGAGCGCACUGCGCUGGCCCGCUCUGCUGCACACGGGUCGCUGGGGGGGACAGCACUGGGUGUGGCUGGGCCUGGAUCGCAGCCGACAGCUCGUUGACCUGCAGGAGAGCGGGGCAGCAGGUGCGGUGUGGCCUGGGCCCCACCUUUGAGCUUGGGAGGAGGUCAGCAUUUGGGGUCUGUCCCACUGAUGCAGCUCAGAACCACAGCCCAGGUGUUCGUGGUAAACUUUUCACAACCUUGAAAAUGUCGGAACAGCUUUUCCUGGUUUUGUCUGUUUUUUAUUAAAUCUGGCACAAAACCCCACCCUCUCAUUCCUUCCUACGCUCACUCUUUCCUUGGUCACCAGUCACCCUGUCUUUCCAUACUAGUUGGCUGUGGACCUGUGGCCUGGGGUUUCAGACUGCAGUGGCAAAUAAUGAUGAAUUCCCUCUGAAAACAAACCUCACACUGCUUUGGAAAAGGCUAAGAGAAGACCCCUAUGUUAAGUCAGGAAGAAAGUGCAGAGGAUGUCAAAAUCAGAUGAAAAUUGCCCAUUUUGUGUUCUUUAAUUUAAUUAAUCUAGGGUCUGAAGAGUUCCCUUUUAGCAUUUAGAGAGCCUAAAGCAAACCUAUACUAAUAGUUCCGCUUUUGCAACAAGUUGAGGAAGACUUUCUAACGACCACAAAACACUCGACAGCAGCGGUCGCCAACCUUUCGUACCUCCCGGACCCCCAGUGCCCGCUGCUGUACAGCACUUCUUGAAAAGAUCGUAAAUUGGAGUUUCUGUUAUAGACCCAUGGAAACCAUUAACCCUAAGAGGAGGAGUGUAAAACCAGGUGGGACCACCGCUGCCUUGGGAUGGGGCGGCGCGCUGCCUCACGGCCUGGGAUCGGAUGCCAAGAGCCUGCUUUCGCUCUCUUAAUGCUCGAGCUGGGCUGAUGGUCUCUGGGUGCACAGAGGCUUUGGGGGUAAAUUGUAGAGAUCAUCUUGCUCAGUUUCUAGAUUAAAUGCGUGAACAAGGUCAUCUGGGAAGAGUCCUGAGAAGGCCCGGCAGGAGCCCUCGUGUGCUGUCUUCUCGCAGGAUAGACUCAUGCUCUCUGCUGGCAUGAGUCUGCCCUGCUCUCCAGUUUUAAGAGUCUUAACCCAAACCUGUCGCUUCCAUGUUUUUAAAAGUAAGAGAAUGUCAGCUCUGGUUCCUAAUCAUACUGACCGACGCCCCUUGGCACGCAGACUCGCGGUGUUUCUAUAAAGGAUCGUGACUUUGUGUCACGUGCAGGAUUCCUGGCGUGCACAGAACUAUGGGGACCCGUGUCCAUGCACAUCCUCUAGGGCAGAGUGACGGGACCCUCAGCCUGGCUCUGCAGGCUGGCUGGGCACUGUGCUUCGUGGCCUGCCUUCGGAGAACUCGCCCCUGAGGUUCUGGGCAGGUCACGCAUGGAGUCCAGCUCCACCUGCCUCCAGACUGCUGGGCGGGUCUGAAACCCGCGUGCUUUGGAAGAGGCCCAUAGAGCAGUCACUGUACCCGUCCCUUAGGUUAGGGCUCGGGAACCCUGGGAAGCCAACGUGCUGAGUGCGCAUUUGGGAGUCGAAGGCAGAGGCCAGGGAAGACCUCUGGGCCUGCAGCCUCUGUAAGGGACCUUCCUGCUCACCCACUUGCUCUGCUGGGCAUGGGCCGAGCUGGGGUUACCAGAACUCGGGCCGGGCGUGCUCAGCUGGCUGAGAAGCGGGCUCCUUCAACACGGGCUGGUCCCGCUGCAUCCUCCCACAGAGCCGCGAGCUGUCUUGGCCUCGCUGAGUGUCCGUCCACAGUGACCUCCUGCUGCUCGGGCCUGCUCUCCGGCUGGAGAGCACGCAGGACCGAACACAGCGGCGUUACUCCAGCCUGCGUGUCCCCGGGCCCUGCCGCCGGCUCCAUGUGCUCCCUGCAGGCACCAACCCCCAGGAAGAGGUCAGCCACCGAACCGCUGAGGAAAGAGCAGCAGCGUGGAGGCAGGCCGCCUGCAGGGGCUGUGGGAGGGGGAGUAGGGGAUCGGGAGCCCGCUGCUCUGGGCUUCUGAUCCCAGCACGAAGCAAGCAGUGCGAGUGUCCACUUUCCCAGGAAGGAGAACGGGACCAUGGGCCAGCUCCUCACGCUGUAACUGUUCUCCUGUCCACGUGCACCCUCACCUGUGGUCUGCGAGCACGAGUGAGCCCGCUGUGACAAGCUCGCCAGUGGGAAAGGUGUGACUGUAACGAACAGUUGUGCCAACACUCACGUUAACUACAGGAGCACGUGCAGUGGGCCCUUCAGGCCUGGCCUGCGUGCUGCCCGGCAGCCUCCUGGCAGCGGGGGGGCUGAGGCGGCAGAGAGCGCUCUGCCACCGGAAAUGGAGCUUGGGCACCAAGGCGGCAGGAAUGAAGUGGUGGCAGUCCUGGAGUGACUGGCAGCGGCCACGUGGGAACCUGUGGGUUUGUCAAGAGCUAAGGUCAGAGGCCCCUCCUUAGGAGCCCACCCAGUGGGAAGCAAGGAGAACCAGGAGGGGCCCCAGGCUCUGGCUGGUGACGAGAAGUUGUCACACCACAGCGUCCAGACCCAGUCACCCGCUCACUGACCCAACAUCUGGGCACUGGGGCCGGCUCAGGCCACACGGGAAGAGGGGCUGCAGUUUUUUAAAAACACAGUUGUGAUUCUGAGUCUGCCUGAAAGAAAAUCUGACAAGUAAGGCCAGGACACAAUGGCCCGGAAAGCACUUGGCAUGGAGAUGCCUUUCUAAUACCCUCUCCCACCACAGAGGCUUCUGUCUGGCCUCCCUGCUGCCAGGUGGCCCCGUUAGCAGGCCUGUGCUAAACUCAUCCCGAGGGCGAAGCGGCACAGGCCAGCCCUGCCUCGAGCGCCUGGAGGCUGGGCGCCACCCGUGGCCUUUUCUCAGCUGCAAGUGACCAGGGGUGCCGGUCGCCGCGGGCCCCCAGGCGUGUUCUGGCAGGCAGGGUGCUGCUCCUGGGGAAGGUCUUUCUCCCUCGUUGCUGGUAACACUGGUUCCUAAAGCCCAGGUCUCUUCGGCCUCGCAGCUUACAGUAGGGCCUGUGGCCUGAUUCGGGGUGGUGUAGGGUCGGCCUUUCUGUUCCCGACCUGCUGAUGCCUGCGUGCUGCCUUCAUGGCUAACCACAUCCUCCACCUCUCCCUCCCGUGUGUCUGAGUCUAAGCCAGUUCUUCAGGGAGUCAAAGCUGUUCUCAGUUACAGUGAAAAGAAUGCAACCCAUCAACAUUUAUUUUUCCUGAAAAUAAAAUUUGUUCAUCGUUGUCCUAGGAGCCCUAGAAUUUAACAUUUCCCUUUAUAGACACAAUUUCAAAAAACAGGGUUCAGUGACACCCCUUUAUCACCAAAGGAAGGAGAAGGGAAUUUUAAGUAUUUUCAAAGUUUUACAAAGAAGAUGGAAGUAUGUAGUAUUAUACAUAAAAAGUUUCUCUCAUAGGAAAAGUUUCUCUUGCCCUUUUGAGAACCUAAGUUUCACGUCUUCUUGCUUCUCUGUGAAGUCAGAGGCCUACCUUCUCUGAAGUCUUCCAGCAGAAAGCAGAAGUAACAGCUCCACACGACCACCCCGCGGGGGCCCAUCGAGCCCCUCUCCUGCGGGUGCUCAGGCAGGACUGUGUGAUGACCUGAGCUCAGUGUGGCUCCCGUCUCCUUGUUUUAAAGCAGCUGUAUUUGUCUUCAAAAUAACCUGUACAUUAUUCAGAGCAAGCAGUGGAAAUACUAACCAGAAGUUACCAUAGGGAUUUUGGUGACAGAAAGGGAUGUCUGUAAACAAUUAAGCAACAUCACACUCGAAGAGCGAGAACAACUUCGGACAGCAUUGAACCCCACCCGACAUUAAGAGGCAGUGCUUUCAAUGACCUUCCCAACGCUGUGGUCACUGAACAGGUGGUUUUAACGGCUGUAUACAAUGUCUACAGUAAUGAUAACCCUGCACCCAAACGUUGUUUUUCAUUUAAAAAAAACACACUCUGUAAUAAUUGUUCUUGGUAUAGCUAUUUAAAACCCUGGAGGAAAAUCGAGAGAAUAAAGAGCAUGGUAGCUCCAUCCUGACCACAUCCCUCUCUGCAGUAACUUCAGACUUGUAGGGAGACGGCCCUGGCCUUGGGCCCUGCACACAGCAGGGCUGCGUGCAGGGUCCCGCCGAGGGGGACCCCGGGUUUUCCCAGCCCUUGGGGUGCUAGAAGGGUGCAAACCCGUAAUGCUGGUAUUUUGUAGUGCACAUCUGUCAAACAGGUCAGGGAACAUAGUCACACAACACUUAGGAAUCGGAUGGUCCCAUGCAGGGGAAUGUUGGAAGUCUCCGGUAAACAACAGCUGGGCUCCAGUUGCAGUCUGCGGGGCCCUGCCGGGUGGAUGCGAGUGCACAGCGAGGGACCACCAGACACCAGCCCGCCUGCUGCCUUCACGGUUCCCACGCCCUUUGCUCUUUCCCCCUUUACAACUAGUUAUAUCCCAUAUUUCAGUUUUAUUUUAUAGAAAGCUAGGAAUAGAUUAAGAAGAACACUAAAUUAUUGUGUUACGUUUAUAUCACAAAACUUCAAUUAAAAUGGAUUUUAGGAUUUACCUUUAGUAUUUACAACAUAUCUACUGACUUUUUAUUAGGAUUCAAACUGGUUAAGUGAUAAGAAUUCAUAUGGUUUUCCUAAGUAAUAUUUAUAAAAUUGUUCCUGAACAAUUGUAAUUAGUGGUUUUUCUAUCAGGGUGAAUGUCUCAGUUCAGCUCCUAAAGACAAAAACACUGCUAACCUGCUGGGAGAGCUGAUCACGAACAAAGUGAACACUGUACAUAACUCUUCUGCUCAGAGGAGUUCGGAAAUAAAUCACAGCAGUCACUUCUGUCGCCACUAAUUAUUUCAACAGUUAGGUGACACGUGUUUAAAGAACAAACUUGUGUAAUUUUAACUGGUGUUUAAUUUCUGUACUAAUGCUAAAUGAUAACGUUCACCCGACGAAAAGUCACAUGCGGAAGAGGGCAGGGGCCUAAGCAGCCCAGGUGACCACACACAUGGAGGCUCCACCAGAGACCUCAGAGGAGGCAGCGCCCUCAGGGGCAGCGCCUGGUCAGGGAGGCUGCUCUGUUUGACAAUUCAAAUUGUAUGGUUUGGUUUGAGGCUUAAAAAAAAGUUUCUGAUCAACUUUCACUACAACUGAAGUAUUACUUUGUCAAAAUAUUUAUUCCUUUGUGUGACAUGCUAGAUUCCUAUGGAUACAGCUGGUCAUUUCUAUUUUGUAAAUACUACCUAACUUUACAUAAACUAUAUCAUAAUAAACUAUUUUUGCAUCACCUUU